ACCGUGCACCUGGUCUUCCACACCAAGAAGAAAGCACGCCGGCAGCACCUUCCGCUACACAGCACCAAGAUGGCCAACUCGGGGAAAACCUUUGUGGUAGAACAUCUGGACCCAGAGUUGGAGCAGUGGUCCUCGCUGGAGUACCUCACCAUCGCCUCUGAGUCUUACGCUUCGGGCGCACAGUUUCUUCUUUCAUCAGUACCCACCUCUUUGAAGCUACCAUCAAAUCUUCAGGGAGCAAAUGGCCUCAAUGUCGAGACGAGGGGCAUCGAGGAGAUUUACGCCGAUAAGAAGGACAGGGUAUGUCUGCUCGACCCCGCCGCCUCCAAGGACCUGAGCCCAGAGGACGGUGAUACCUUUGACAUCUUCCUGUUUGGUGGAAUUCUUGGAGAUGAUCCACCUCGUGAUCGAACCUCGGAGCUGCGCAAGAAGGGCUACCAAGGGCGUCGUUUGGGGCCUGUACAGAUGACGACCGACACGGCAGUUCGUGUCACAAGGAUCGUGGUCCAUGACAGGGUACCGGUCGACAAGAUCCCAUACAUCGACAACCCAGAUCUAAAGAUCAACAAGAACGAGAGCACGGAAAUGCCGUUCCGUUAUGUAAAGGGUGGAGAUGGACAGCCGAUUAUGCCCAAGGGCAUGCUUGAGUUGAUCAUCAAAGACUCUGAAAAGAGCCUCGACGACCUCUUAUAGAAACAAUGCUCGUCCACUGCCACUGAG